CUUUUAUAUUCAUAGAUGGGGUCUGUUCCCUGCUGUCGUUCUGUUUGUGAAACGGAUCCAGGACACAAAGUGACAAUGGGUGGGGGUGCGUCUAAAAAUUCAAAACGAGUCUCAAAUCGAACAGAUGUGAAUGGAGAAAAGACUCUGUCAAUGCCAUUUGCUAACACAAAGGAGCACGUCAGUGCAAUGCUGCAAAGUCUCUCCAGUUUUCAAAGAAAUAAUGAAUUCUGUGAUCUGAAGUUGCAAGUUGUGGAUAAAGAAACUCGACAGCAAAAAACUUGUUUUGUGCACAAGUGUAUCCUGGCUGCAUGUAGUGGUUACUGCAAAGAAAAGCUGGAAGCCGACAAGCAACCAGGAGAAAGUGGGACAAAAGAAGUAAUACCCUCUGGCACAGCAAAUCAACUCACCAAGGAUAAUCAACUCAUCCUCUCAAUUGAAUUUCCCAUCCCCGGAAGAAUUGUUGACCUCGUCAUUAAAUACCUAUACACCGCUGAUCUUGAUUUAAAAGUCAAGGAUAUACCUGAUGUACUUGAGGCAGCUGUACGUUUGAAAAUACCUUCGUUGAAAAAGCAUUGCGUAUGGGGACUUCAUAACGGAUAUAUUAUCGACUUUUUCCGACCUAUACUUCAACUAUCAGAAGAGUUAGAACUAACAGAUAUCCGAGAAUUUGUUCUUCGCCGUACGAUUGAAAAGUUUGAUGAUUUCGUGGACAGCAUUAUUUUUGUUCAAUUGACAGAAAAAGAAAUUCAAAUUCUUGUAGACAACAGGCGGGGAUGUGUAUCGGACGGAGUAGUUAUACCAGAAGUUGAAAUGUUUAAUGGAAUAUUAAAAUGGGAAAAACAUAACCACAAGGAAAGAGAAGAAUACGCAAGACAAUUGUUACGGCAUUUGCAUUAUCAUAAGAUACCCAAGACUACGUUAUCGGGAUAUGUUAUCACUCAUGAACUUGUUUCCGGAGAUAAACAAUUGAUGACCAGCAUCGAAGAAGUUCUUGGUGCCGACAAAAAGAAAAUUCUCCAACGACUCAGGCAAAGAACAUUAUCCCAAGGCCACGAAGAUGGCAAUGAAUUAAAUGGUGAUAUCAUGUCCAGCAACGGGUCUGGAGAUGGACCUGUGUUUCCCACACAACCUUGCUUACUCGUCUGCGGAGGAAGACUGUUUGAUCAAAUGUCAGCGCAGGUGCUUCAGCUAAGUGGAAAUUCAUGGCAUGAGGUUUCUCGUAUUCCAACUGUUCUAUCUCACCACGGUGCUACUGUAAUUGACAAUUCAUUGUAUAUUGCUGGAGGGGAAGACACCACUAUUUCUGGGUGUCAUAGCAUCCCAAAUCUAUGGAAAUAUGACCCCCAUCCUAGACAUGAGUGGACGGUGCAACCAGAUAUGAAUCACAGCAGAUCUUUCUUUCAUUUGGAUUCUCUCAACGACUAUUUAUUUGUCUUUGGUGGAAGGAGUGGUAAAAUAGUCAGAAGUUCUGUUGAAAAAUUCAACGUGGCAGCAAAAAGGUGGGAGUUCGUGGCUUCACUCAAGACACCACGCCACUCACACGCGGGAUGUGCUCACAAAAAUAUGCUUUAUGUGAAUGGCGGAAUUGUGGGAAAGCAUUCGAGUGUGGAUAUGCUAAGAUUGGACGCUAUUGCCAAUCACUGGACUACGAUGUCACCGAUGCGUUGCGCCCGCAGUCGCCACAGCAUGACUCCAGUACGAGACAGAAUUUACGUUAUAGGUGGCGAAGAUGAUUCCUUAGGUGUCACCAGAUCAUCGUCCAUAGCUAUAGAAUGCUAUACACCUGAAUAUGAUCAAUGGCAUAGUGUGGCGCUGAAGAUACCAGUUCAGAGCGACGGAGAAUUUGGAUGUACCGAAUUAGACGGACACAUAUUUGUUGCGGGAGGUUGUAAGAGUCAACUUGCAGAACACAGAGCAGAAGUAUCUUCCUACGACCCAGAGGAAGAUCGCUGGGAAGUCAAACCAAAAUUGCCAAGAAGAUUAAGAGGGUCAACGUGUGUUGUUCUUAACAUGAUAGCGUAGUUGUUCAGUCACCACUAUAGUGCUAGGAUUUUGUAUUUGAAUGGGUAUAUACAUUUUAUUUUGUCCUGAACAUUGGUCUUGAAUGUAUAAUAUCACUUCGCCUUCAAAUAAUUUAAUCUUUCGAUUUUCUUAAAAAUGUAGGUUCCCAUAUGCA